AUGCCCGUGGUUUCCCAUGGAGCUGAAAGGCAGGCAAGUGGCUUUAAAAAGUCUGCCUUGUCACUUGAACCAGUUCACAAGAUGGAUCACCAACAGUAUUGAAGUCUGUUAAAGAAGAUGUGCGUGCCUGUUGCGAGAGGUCCUGAGAACAGACAUGGCUUUGCCAGCUUUGAAGAGAAAAACAGUAAUUCUUUCCUUAAAUUCAAUCCAUUCACCUCUCCCGUAGAGCCGAGUUACCCUUUAUUCCCACACAGGGAUGAUGUGCCUUUAGUGGAUCCCUGCUCAGGUUUAGUGAGUCGAGGAGCAGGUGCUGACCUGCAGCCCAGUGCUGGAAGAGCUAUUGAAUCCCUGGUGGACUACAGUGACUGAAAACCUCACCAGCGGGUCCCCAUCACAGGAAAGAGAGGCCAGCCUGCCCACUGGAGGCAGAUGAUCCUCCUGGAGGAAAUCAGCCAGGACAGAAUAUGGAACUCCGGGUCUGUGUCAGCUGCUUCUGUCAGGGCACGAGUGGAAUCAAGGGAUCCUUCUGCAAGGUGGAGAGAAGAAAAAGCAAGGGACUGUUUCUACAAGUCAAAUACUCAAAAAGCUUAUGAAGAAGUUCCUUGGGAUAAUAUUUUACCUUCCAAAAUCCAGCCUGUAGAAUCGACAGUGGAAGUGUUGGCUGAUCCUGUUUCCCAGUGUUUCACAAAAAGGAGAUACUAUCCUGAACCUGAAAUAAGCCAGGUUGUUGGAGGCUUCUGGGACAGAUUUCAGACAAGAACUUUUACCUCUCCACAGAGACCUGUUGAUUUUGUAAGCCGAAGUUCUCGAACCUGUCAUAUCCCUUUGCAUACUGGCUGUGUUGGUGCAGUAAAUUUUGAAAACAUUGACAAUGCCAAAGUAGAUUUAAUCCCACUUAACUCUGUGCAAACUUCAAAGCCUUGCUACACAAACACUGUGCACACUCCAAAUAUCCCUGGAUACACUGGCAAGGUUCAUUGGUCAGCAACCCACCCGGCAAAUUCUAAUCUUCCAUCAACAAGCCCAUCAAUAAUUGCAUGAAUGCGUGGAUACAUAGCAAAACACAGAAGUUCGUCUCGGUAUAAUCACCAGGGAACUUUUGCUCAAAUGGUGACUCCAGUUAGUCCUCAGAAUUCUUUCAGCAAGAGAGAACGAGAAACUAUUCUAGUUUAG